CUCUCCGCACACAUGGUACGGUCCUUCUCUCGCUCGCAGUGGUUGGCGCCGGCUGCUUUGCACAUGGCCGAGUGAGUAAAAUCUCUGGAUUAAUGCUGUGAAAUUCACCACCGCCUUUUCACAAGCCCAGACUGACAGGAAUCGAUCUCUAAAUGCGAGAUACGGAGAAUAUGGAGGCAGAGAUGGAGUAUGACGACGGAGAAGAGCCUUCGUUCAGUGAUCCGGAGGAUUUCGUGGAUGACAUCAGUGAUGAGGAGCUGCUGGGGGAUGUUCUCCGGGAUAAACCUCAGGAGGCAGACGGCAUCGACUCGGUCGUUGUGGUGGAUAAUGUUCCUCAGGUUGGUCCAGAACGUCUGGAGAAACUCAAGAACGUCAUCCAGAAGAUCUUCUCAAAGUUUGGCAAAAUCACCAAUGAAUUCUAUCCAGACGCAGAUGGAAAGACCAAGGGGUACAUUUUCCUGGAGUAUUCUGCACCAAGUCAUGCUCAUGAAGCUGUGAAGAACGCUGAUGGCUACAAGCUGGACAAGCAGCAUACUUUCCGUGUCAACCUGUUCACAGACUUUGACAAGUACAUGUCAAUCUGUGAUGAGUGGGAAGCUCCUGAGAAGCAGCCCUUUAAAGAUUUUGGUAAUCUGCGUCACUGGCUGGAGGAUCCUGACUGUCGUGAUCAGUACAGCGUAAUCUAUGACUCUGGUGAAAGAACAGGCAUAUUUGCUAAUGAUGUCAAGGAGCCUAUUGAAAUAGAGGAGAGAGCGCGCUGGACCGAAACAUAUGUGCGCUGGUCUCCAAAAGGCACCUAUCUGGCCACAUUCCAUCAGAGAGGCAUCGCUCUCUGGGGCGGUGAGAAGUUCAAGCAGAUCCAGAGGUUCAGUCAUCAGGGGGUUCAGCUCAUUGAUUUCUCACCCUGUGAGAGAUAUGUUGUCACAUUCAGCCCUCUCCUCGACACUAAAGACGACCCACAGGCGAUCAUCAUCUGGGAUGUUCUCACAGGACACAAGAAAAGAGGCUUCCACUGUGAAAGCUCUGCCCACUGGCCAAUUUUCAAGUGGAGUCCAGAUGGGAAGUUCUUUGCCCGAAUGACGCUGGACACGCUGAGCAUCUAUGAAACACCGUCAAUGGGUCUUUUGGACAAGAAGAGUUUGAAGAUUAAUGGAAUUAAGGAUUUCUCCUGGUCACCUGGUGAUAAUAUCAUUGCGUUCUGGGUUCCAGAGGAUAAGGACAUCCCAGCAAGAGUAACACUCAUGCAGCUUCCAUCCAGGAACGAGAUCAGAGUCCGCAACUUGUUUAAUGUUGUGGACUGCAAACUUCACUGGCAGAAAAACGGAGACUAUCUCUGUGUGAAGGUGGACAGGACACCCAAAGGAACACAGGGUGUUGUCACCAACUUUGAGAUAUUCAGAAUGAGAGAGAAGCAGGUACCUGUGGAUGUGGUGGAGAUGAAAGAGAGCAUCAUUGCCUUUGCUUGGGAACCAAAUGGCAGCAAAUUUGCUGUGCUACAUGGUGAAGCUCCCAGAAUCAAUGUGUCAUUCUACCAUGUGAAAAACAAUGGCAAAAUUGACUUAAUAAAAAUGUUUGACAAGCAACAGGCAAACAGCAUCUUCUGGAGUCCACAGGGGCAGUUUUUGGUCUUGGCUGGGUUGAGGAGCAUGAAUGGAGCUCUUGCUUUUGUGGACACGUCAGACUGUACCAUGAUGAACAUCGCAGAGCAUUACAUGGCCUCAGACGUAGAAUGGGACCCCACCGGACGAUAUGUUGUGACAUCUGUCUCCUGGUGGAGCCACAAGGUGGACAAUGCCUUUUGGCUGUGGACAUUCCAGGGCCGUCUGCUGCAGAAGACCAACAAAGAGCGUUUCUGCCAGCUGCUGUGGAGGCCCCGUCCUCCCUCUCUCCUGACUCAAGAGCAAAUAAAGCUCAUUAAGAAGGACUUGAAGAAAUACUCCAAGAUCUUCGAGCAGAAAGAUCGUCUCAGUCAGUCCAAGGCAUCAAAGGAACUGGUGGACAAGAGACGUUCCAUGAUGGAGGAGUAUCGCAAGUACCGUGAGAGAGCCGUAGACAUGUACAACGAGCAGAGACCUCUCCGCCUUGAACUCAGAGGAGGUGUGAACACUGAUGAGCUGGACAGCAAUGUCGAUGACUGGGAGGAAGAGACCAUUGAGUUUUUCAUCAAUGAAGAAAUUAUUCCCAUCGGAGAUCUGUAAUUCCAACAGCAGUAUCCGUUUUUUAGUGGAGGACUGUGGACUAGCAUUGGAGAAAAAUUGAGGGAUCCCCUAUCAGAGUUUUACUUGUUAUCAUCAGUCCAAGUGCCUUUUAAUACUGGUCGCUGCAGAAGGAGAAUUUUGUGCCACUGUUGACUGCUGCUUUUUAACAAAAUCAUCCAGCUCUGGGAGAAGCCGCCCUGCCAACGUCAUUCAGGCCUGCUCUUGGUGGAUCUGAUUGUAACGCGCUCUUGUUCUUGCCUUUGGUUGAUCUACCUCAUCAUAAGGGUGUUACCAUGGCUCAAUAUGCCAAAAACUGUUUUUACAUCAUCUCACAGAAGGAAAACAUUUUGUUUCCUAAGAUUUUCCAAAAGGCGAACUUGUACUCUAGUGUGCGAAAAUGGCACUACAGUGGUCUGCAUCCUCCUCCAUUCAGAUUACCUGAUAUUAAAUGCACAACAAGGGAAUAAAGUUGAACUGAAAUUCAA